UGUCGGUCUCCCGCCAUAUUGACGUAAAUUCGGAUCGGGAAGCCGGAGUCGCACCCUUGCUCUGCACAGGAUAGCAGCCAUCAUGGCGGCGGAUCCUGGGCUAGAAAUGACUUCUAUGAUCCCGGCCCUGAGAGAGCUAGCCAGUGCCGGUUCAGAAGAUUAUGAUACUAUUGUUCAGAAACCAAGACAAAUUCUCUGCCAGUUUAUAGACCGAAUUCUUACAGAUGUAGAUGUUGUUGCUGUGGAACUUUCAAAAAAUACUGAAUCUCUGCCAAGUUCUGUCAUGUUACUGGAUUUUAUUAAGCACAUCAUGAAAUCUUCUCCACUCAUGUUUGUUAGUGCCACUGACACUGAUCAAAGAAAUCAAACCGAUAAGAAUUGUAUUGAGUUUAGCAACUGGAUCAUUACAAGGCUCCUACGCAUUGCCGCUACCCCAAGCUGUAAAGAUUUACAUAAAAAAAUAGCUGAAGUCAUUCGGUCCUUGCUCUUUCUUUUCAAGAUGAAGAAGCCACACCUUUUUGGAAUUCUUACUAAAGAUUUAUUAAAUCUCUUGGAAGAUCUUGUUUGUUUACAUGAACAGGACAUGGUGCAGUCCAUAAAAUGGCCAGUGACUGUAUGCAGGUUUUUAAGUGAAUCAAGAGAAAAUCUCGCCUACUUGCGUUCUGCUCCAUUUGAGCUCAUGAACAUGGAGCAGGUUGAAUCUCUAGAAAUCACUUCAUUAAUGAUCUUGACUGAUAAUCAUGGUGAUAUUUCUGCUUUUUAUUUCCAAAGGCAGAAUCUUUUUCUGUGGGGUAUAGGGUGCAAUUUAUUGGACUAUGGAAGUCCACAUCUAAAGAGUAUAGCUUUACAUUUCAUUAAGGAACUGAUCAAACUAGGUGGGGCACCAGAACAGUCUGCAAAUCUUUUCUUCACUGUGUUUUUUGGAAUGCUAAUAAAUAUCAAAGACAUUGAUCUAGAAGAAAUGUCUCUUUACGAAAUUCCAUUGUUGGAAGUAGUGAUGGUUUUAUUCCCCUUUGAGUCAGAGUCCUACCUAAAUAUUGAACCUGUGUACCUUAACAUGUUACUGGAGAAUCUUUCAGCUGUAUUUGAUGGGGGCAUAUUGAAGACCAUUUGUUCUGACCCAUUAAGAAGAGCACUCUGCCAUAUGUUUCAGUAUUUUUUAAGUUUUGUCCCACCUGGCUAUGAAUCUGCACUGGAAGUUCGACAGAACCAUCUAAACCGCAUUUCAAAAGCCUUUGUUGAUGUCCUUGGAGUUCAGAACCAACAACUGUAUGUGGUACAUCCCCUUUAUGCAGCUUUGCGAAACGAUGGCCUGGAAUGUAUUCAUCACCAUCAACUCAUACAGCCUGUAAGCACAGACUCUGAAUCUGGUGGGAGCAGCAGCGAUGAGGUUCUGGAGAAACGACCUCGUUUGAGUCUAACAGCAAAACCAACAAGAAGACACUCUCCAUUAGCAGUGACUGUCCCAGUGGAUAUGAAAUCCAAGAGUUCAUUGUGGAGAGAUGUCUCUAGAAAGUUUUCCUCUUUUCUUCACUCUCUUGAAAGUGGCAGCCUGACUGACGAGGAAGUAUUGUCUUCUCUGGAGGGUGUUACAGUAACGUUGCAUGUUGCUGCUCUUUGCUCAGUUCAUAUAUCAGAUAAUGAACAUACAAUAACAAACCAGAAAGCUUCAGGCACGAGUGACAGCAGUUGUGCUAAGCUUUUAGAUACAAGACCACAACUUUCCUGGGUUAGUCAUGAUGACAUUAUGGAAACUGUUACGAUUUGCAGGAAACUACUUGAAUUGGGACACCAGAUAACCAACUUGAACUCUGUGUGGAUCAAGAUUGUGAAAAUAUUUGAUGCCUUACUUUACUUACAUGUUAAGAGCCAAAUAAGUGACAAAAUCCUCAGGGAUGUUUGCGAUUUGGUUUCUUUGCCUUGGCUUCACAUUCUUUCGAACCAUCCCUCCUUUACAAUGUCAGCGUUUGAUCCUGCAUUUGUAAACUUAAGUCACCCGAUCUGUGAGAAUUUAUCUCCUGUGACAGAGUCCCAACUCGUGUAUCUGCUUUCAUUGUUUCCCAAUACCAUAAUCACUGACUGGAGAUUAGCAGUUUAUCACCGGGCACUCGAGAGUCCUCAUGAAAUUGUUCGUGCCCACUGCAUCAAAGGAUUUCCUGUCCUGUUACGCAAUAUAAGCCAACAAACGUAUGGUCCCAUCCCUCAGAUUUUCAUUGAUAACUUAAACGAUGACUCAGAGUUGGUGAAAAGGGAGUUUGCCAGUGCCAUGGGCAAGUUGGCAUGUGGUCUUGCUGGUGGUUUUGAAAUCCACAAUUUACCUGCGGAGCCCCCAGCAGAUUGUGAUCUCCUCUGCACAAGCCUAAAAAUGAUCUCCGUCACAUCUCCUGAAUCUUCUCACGCAAGUGCCUCCAUUUUUAAGCCUUUCUUAUCACUUCUGGAAAGGAAUGUCCCAAGCUCUGUCAAAAUAGCCUUCAUUGAAAAUAUUCCUGAGCUUUUGACCCAUCUUGAUAUUAAGAAAAAUGAAAUGGAUUCAAGAGCUGUAAUUGAGGCUUUACUCAACCUCAUGGAGGAUCCAGACAAAGAUGUUAGAAUUUGUUUCAGUGGAAAAAUCUGGCAUAUUUUCGAGGCAACAGACUGUGAGCAAGGUUAUUUGAAAGAGCUCCUUGUAAGCCGAAUGAAAAGGGCUUAUACAAAUGCAAAAAUUACGCGAGAUAAUGAGAUGAAAGACACUCUGAUUCUUACAACAGGAGACAUAGGCAGAGCAGCCAAAGGAGACAUGGUACCGUUUGCCCUUUUGCACUUGUUACAUUGUCUAUUGUCUAAAUCAACGUCCGUGGCCGGCGCAUCAUACACAGAAAUCCGAUCUCUGGCAGCAGCAAAAUCCAUCCGACUGCAAGAUUUUUUCAGCCAAUACAAGAAGCCUAUUUGUCAGUUCCUAGUUGAAUCCCUCCACUCAAGUCAGAAGGCUCUCUUCAGCAAUUUACCUGGUCAGAGCCCAGAGGUUCUCAAACAGGAGGCAGCACAUCAGAGAGAAGCAGCCCUGGAUAUUCUAUCUGAAAUAGCCAAUGUCUUUGAUUUUCCUGACCUGAACCGAUUUCUUUCACGUACUUUGCAACUCUUACUUCCAUAUCUCGCAGCCAAAGCAAGUCCCACAGCCUCCUCUCUCAUCCGAACAAUUGCUAAACAACUUCAUGUAAACCGAAGGGAGAUCCUAAUUAAUAACUUCAAGUACAUAUUCUCUCAUCUUGUCUGCUCCUGUACAAAAGAUGAACUAGAGAAGUCGCUUCAUUAUCUAAAGAAUGAAACUGAAAUUGAAUUGGGAAGUCUCCUGAGACAGGACUACCAGGGUCUGCACAAUGAACUGCUUCUACGACUGGGUGAGCACUAUCAGCAGGUCUUCAAUGGGCUCUCCAUUUUAGCAUCCUUCGCAUCAAAUGAUGAUCCAUACCAGGGACCCAGGAACAUCACUAAACCUGAGAUAAUGGCAGACUAUUUACAACCGAAACUCUUGGGAAUUUUAGCUUUCUUCAAUAUGCACUUACUGAGUUCUAGUAUUGGCAUUGAAGACAAAACGAUGGCUUUAAACAGUUUGGUGUCCUUAAUGAAGCUCAUGGGACCAAAGCACAUUAGUUCUGUGAGAGUAAAGAUGAUGACCACGCUACGAACCGGCCUCCGAUAUAAAGAAGAAUUUCCAGGGCUUUGCUGCAAAGCUUGGGACUGGUUUGUCCGUUGUCUGGAUCAAGCUUAUCUUGGAUCAUUACUCAGCCAUAUCAUUGUUGCAUUACUGCCUUUGCUCCACAUCCAACCUAAGGAAACGGUGGCCAUAUUCCAUUAUUUGAUAGUGGAAAACAGGCAUGCCGUUCAGGAUUUCCUUCAUGAAAUAUAUUUUCUACCCGCUCAUCCGGAACUGAAAGAAAUCCAGAAGGUUCUCCAGGAGUAUAGAAAAGAAACCAACAAAAGCACUGACCUUCAGACAGCAUUACAGCUUUCUAUCAGAGCAAUUCAGCAUGAAAAUGUGGAUGUGCGCGUGCAUGCUCUCACUAGCUUAAAAGAAACACUCUAUAAAAACCAGGCUAAAUUGUUACAGUAUUCAACAGACAGCGAGACAGUGGAACCAGUCAUCUCUCAGUUGGUAACAGUGCUGUUAAUUGGCUGUCAGGAUGCCAACCCACAGGCCCGCUUGCUCUGCGGUGAAUGCCUUGGACAAUUGGGUGCCAUAGAUCCUGGCCGAUUGGACUUUUCAUCCAGUGAUACACAAGGGAAGGGUUUUACAUUUGUUACUGGAGUUGAAGAUCCAAAUUUUGCAUAUGAGUUGCUUACGGAGUUAACAAGAGCGUUUUUGGCAUAUGCUGAUAAUGUCCGUGCUCAGGAUUCUGCUGCUUAUGCAAUACAGGAAUUGCUGUCAAUCUAUGAAUGCAGAGAUGGAAGGGCUGAUUGUCCAGGACGUAGGCUUUGGAGACGAUUCCCAGAACAUGUUCAGGAAAUUCUGGAACCACAUCUCAAUACAAGAUACAAGAGUUCACGGAAGGCUGUCAAUUGGUCUAAAAUGAAGAAACCCAUUUACUUAAGCAAAUCUGGUAAUAAUUUUGCAGAGUGGUCAGCAACAUGGGCUGGUUAUCUAAUAACUAAGGUCAGGCAUGAGCUUGCAAUGAGAGUUUUCAACUGUUGCAGUAUAAUGAUGAAACAUGACUUCAAGGUUACAAUCUACCUGUUACCACACAUUUUUGUCUACGUUCUGCUGGGAUGUAGUAAAGAGGAUCAGCAAGAGGUGUAUGCCGAGAUUAUGGCAGUUUUGAAGCAUGAAGACCCGUGGGUACGGCGCUUACAAGACAAUGCUUCAGAUUUGAGUCAGCUUAGUACCCAGACUGUCUUCUCAAUGUUGGAUCAUCUCACUCAGUGGGCUCGACAGAAGUUUCAGGUGCUCAAUGCUGAAAAAACUACGGCUAAACCUGGGAGUCGAAUGGAAAUAAAGACGGUAACUCCUGAGGACCACGAAGAGUAUCAGAAUGUGACCAAAUUCCUGGAGCUUAUACCCCAGGACACUUUGGCCAUUGCUUCUUUUCGUUCCAAUGCUUACACGAGAGCAGUGAUGCACUUUGAGUCCUUCAUCAUGGAGAAAAAGCAGGAAAUUCAAGAGCAUCUUGGCUUCUUACAGAAAUUGUAUGCUGCUAUGCAUGAACCUGAUGGCGUAGCUGGCGUUAGUGCCAUUCGCAAGAAAGAGGCAUCCUUAAAAGAGCAGAUCUUAGAACACGAAAGCAUUGGCUUGCUGAGAGAUGCCACUGCCUGCUAUGACAGAGCGAUUCAGCUGAAGCCAGAGGAGAUUAUACACUAUCAUGGGGUAGUGAAAUCCAUGCUGGGACUUGGCCAAUUGUCCACUGUCAUCACGCAAGUUAAUGGAGUGCUAAACAGCAGGCCUGAAUGGACAGCAGAAUUAAAUACUUACAGGAUAGAAGCUGCUUGGAAGCUGUCACAAUGGGGUUUAGUUGAAGAUUAUUUGUCUUCAGAUCGCAAAUCUACCGCGUGGAGCAUCAGACUUGGGCAGCUGUUGCUCUCUGCCAAGAAACGUGAGGCAGAAUCUUUCUACGACUCACUCAAAGUGGUACGAGCUGAGCAAAUAGUACCUUUAUCAGCUGCUAGCUUUGAAAGGGGAUCUUAUCAACGUGGAUAUGAAUACAUUGUCAGGUUGCACAUGUUGUGUGAACUUGAGCACAGUGUGAAAAUGCUGCUACAGAUGCCUGAUGGUGACUCGAUCAAGGACUCUCUCAACUGGCCAGCACGUCUGGAAAUGACCCAGAAUUCCCACAGAGCUAGAGAGCCUAUCUUAGCUCUGCGCAGAGCAUUGCUAGCUGUCAACAAAAGGCCUAAUCAGGCUGACAUGGUUGGCGAAUGCUGGCUCCAAAGUGCCAGGGUUGCUCGCAAGGCAGGACAUCACCAAGCUGCAUACAAUGCUUUGCUCAAUGCAGGGGAAACCCGGCUGCCUGAGCUCAAUGUUGAACGUGCUAAGUGGCUGUGGUCUAAGGGUGAUAUGCACCAGGCUCUCAUUGUUCUGCAAAAGGGAGCAGAGUUAUUCUUGCUUGAUAACAGUGCUUCCCCAGAGCAACAGCUAAUCCAUGGCAGAGCCAUGCUGCUCCUGGGACGUUUCAUGGAGGAAACCGCCAACUUCGAGAGCAAUGCGGUGAUGAAAAAAUAUAAAGAUGUAACCACUUUGCUUCCUGAGUGGGAAGAUGGGCAUUUCUAUCUUGCAAAGUACUAUGACAAGCUGAUGCCUAUGGUGACUGACAACAAGAUGGAGAAGCAGGGAGAUCUUAUACGAUAUAUCGUAUUCCACUUUGGCAGGUCCCUGCAGUAUGGAAAUCAAUAUAUCUAUCAGUCAAUGCCCAGGAUGCUAUCACUAUGGCUGGACUUCGGAGCUAAAGUGUAUGAAUGGGAGAAAGCUGGCAGAGCAGACAGAACACAAAUGAAAAAUGAUUUAAUCAAAAUAAACAAGGUUAUUACCGAGCACACCAACUCCUUGGCUCCUUAUCAAUUUCUAACUGCCUUCUCGCAGCUGAUCUCCAGGAUCUGUCACUCCCAACAUGAAGUAUUUGCUGUGUUAAUGGAAAUGGUGGCCAAAGUAUUUGUAGCUUACCCCCAGCAGGCAAUGUGGAUGAUGACAGCUGUGUCCAAGUCAUCCUACCCGAUGCGUGUGGAGAGAUGCAAACAGAUACUCGAUAAAGCGAUUCACAUGAAGCAGUCACUAGGGAAAUUCAUUGGGGAUGCUACACGCCUUACUGAUAAACUCCUGGAACUCUGUAACAAGCCAGUGGAUGGAAACACCGGCACUCUAAGCAUGAGUGUUCACUUUAAAAUGCUGAAGAAGCUGGUUGAAGAGUCAACAUUCAGUGAGAUUCUUAUUCCGUUACAGUCGGUAAUGAUCCCAACAUUACCAUCUACUGCAGUAAAACGUGACCACGCUGACCAUGACCCGUUUCCUGGGCAUUGGGCAUACAUUGCUGGUUUCGAUGAUACUGUAGAGAUAUUACCCUCUCUCCAGAAACCCAAGAAGAUUUCAUUGAAAGGAUCUGAUGGAAAAUCCUACAUUAUGAUGUGCAAACCAAAGGAUGAUCUCAGGAAAGAUUGCAGACUUAUGGAGUUUAAUUCUUUAAUUAACAAGUGUUUACGAAAGGAUGCCGAAUCCCGGAGGAGGGAGCUUCAUAUCAGAACAUAUGCUGUUAUUCCAUUGAAUGAUGAGUGCGGUAUAAUAGAAUGGGUCAAUAACACAGCAGGUCUAAGAAAUAUACUGAUCAAAUUGUACAAGGAAAGGGCUAUAUACAUGGGAGGAAAGGAUCUCCGUCAAUGCAUGCUUCCCAAGGGAGCACCUUUACAGGAGAAGAUAAAAAUGUUUAAAGAGACUCUUCUGCCUCGUCACCCUCCUGUGUUCCAGGAAUGGUUUUUAAGAACGUUUCCUGAUCCGACUUCCUGGUACAAUAGUAGGUCAGCCUAUUGCCGUUCGACAGCUGUGAUGUCCAUGGUUGGUUACAUAUUAGGCCUUGGGGACCGACAUGGGGAGAACAUACUUUUUGACUCUUUCACUGGAGAAUGUGUUCAUGUGGAUUUCAAUUGUCUCUUUAAUAAGGGUGAAACUUUUGAAGUUCCAGAAAUCGUCCCUUUCCGUUUGACACACAACAUGGUAAAUGGGAUGGGUCCUAUGGGAACAGAAGGUCUCUUUCGGCGGGCAUGUGAAGUUACUAUGAGAUUAAUGAGAGACCAGAGAGAACCACUUAUGAGUGUUCUAAAGCCUUUCCUGCAUGACCCCUUGGUGGAAUGGAGUAAACCAGCUAAAGGGGGGAGCAAAAUUCAAGCUAAUGAGACUGGAGAAGUAAUCAAUGAAAAGGCAAAAACACAUGUGCUCGAUAUAGAACAGAGACUACAGGGAGUGAUUAAGACAAGGAAUCGUAUAAAAGGACUUCCUCUGUCAAUUGAAGGACAUGUCCACUACCUGAUUCAAGAAGCUACUGAUGAGAACCUUCUCAGCCAGAUGUACCUGGGAUGGGCUCCUUACAUGUGAUAAUGAUCACUCAGACAGUUUCCAGUGGUGCAGAAGAUUAACCUGUGUAUGUUUUUAUUGUGCUCUAUGUAAACAAAGAACAUAAUUACAGAGUGCUCCUCUAACCAAGUGCUUUAAGUCAUUUCCCAUAGUUUCAUGAACAACAACAGAAGUGCAUAAAAAAAAACAAUUACAGUUCACAAAAGCACUUUUAUACUUUUCACUACUGUUAUGACCAUUCCGAAGAAUGUAACAAGGGUAAUACUUUGGAUUUGUAUAUAUAAGUUGCAUUUGUCAUAUGUAUGUUUUCUGUUAUUUUCCUCUGAUGGUUAGUUGAAAUUUUGGAAAAUUAGAAUAUAUUAUUAUUAUGUACAAUGUUUUGCAUUUAAAUUCAGCUGUUUGUUUAGAAGCACAGUUUUGUAUAAAGUUAUAUUUUCACUAUUCUCUUUGUAAUCCUGGUACUUGUCCGUUUGAUGUAAUAUCCCUCAGCUCAAUUUUUAUAUAUCUGUAUUUAUAGACACUUUACUAGGUUAUUAAACUACUAAAGGAUGUUGUGUCAUGUCAGCUCACAUCCUUGAUAAUGAUUUUUUA